AUGAACCUCGACUCUGGCGCAUCGACUCAUACGCUCCUCGUUGCAAAUCGCGGCGAGAUUGCGGUGCGUAUCCUGCGCACCGCGAAACGUCUAGGAAUACGCACGCUUGCUGUGUACACACGCUCCGACGCGACCUCCCCGCACGUCACUCUUGCAGAUGAAGCGGCACCUCUCCGCGAACAAGACGAAGACCCUGUCUCCAAUGCGCGCGGAUACAUAGAUGCGGAGGCCAUUAUAGCUGUAUGCAAGGAGCGAGGCGUAACUCUACUCCAUCCAGGAUAUGGCUUUCUCUCGGAGAACAGUGACUUCGCGAGGAAGGUGGCGGAUGCGGGAGUAAUCUGGCUUGGGCCGCGGGCGGAGACGAUCGAAGCUAUGGGGCUGAAGCAUCGCGCGCGCGAGCUUGCCAGGGAGGUAGAUGUUCCGCUGGUGCCCGGGUCGAAUGGCUUGCUGCAAGAUAUGAAUGAGGCUGUUGCCUCUGCUGAGGAGAUAGGUUUUCCGGUGAUGCUCAAGUCGACAGCUGGCGGAGGCGGCAUGGGGCUAGUGGUAUGCGCCACGGUCGACGAACUGAGAGCCAGGUUUGCAGGUACUCAAGCCCGCGCAGAGACGCUAUUCCAUAACAAUGGAUUGUUCAUUGAGAGGUACUAUCUCGCCGCACGGCACGUGGAAGUACAGGUGUUCGGUGACGGGGCCGGCCACGCUAUCCAUAUGGGCGAGCGCGAAUGCAGCGUACAGAGGAGGCACCAGAAGGUCAUAGAAGAAGCUCCCAGCCCGUUCAUGCUUCGGCACCCCGAUAUCCGAGAGAAGAUGUGCAUCGCAGCGGUCCGUCUCUCCGAGCAUGUCACUUACGAGUCCGCAGGGACUGUGGAGUUCCUCGUCGACGAUGUCAGUGGUGAAUUCUUCUUCCUGGAAAUGAACACACGACUGCAGGUGGAGCAUCCUGUCACUGAGCAAGUCAACCCGGGUCUCGACAUCGUCGAAUUGAUGAUCUUGCAAGGCAUUGCACGGCACGAUGGCAAGAGUUCUGAAAUCCUAUCCCAUCCUUUCCUUAAUCAAGCACUCUACGAGGCGCCACCCCACUGUCACGCUAUCGAAGUUCGUCUGUACUGUGAAAAUCCGGCAGCGCAAUUCAAGCCUUGCCCCGGCGUUCUUCAGCAGGUCAAGCUCCCAGAAGUAGACUGGCUGCGGGUCGAAUCUUGGGUUGAGUCCGGAACGACCAUCACUCCGUACUACGACCCACUCGCGUGCAAACUCGUUGUCACAGGGUCGACUCGCGUUGAGGCUAUCCAACGCCUCACAUCUGUCUUGAAGGAGACGGAAGUGCUCGGUCCUCCUAACAACGUCCAGUACCUCCUUGCUAUAUGUGGCUCGCAAACAUUUCAAUUUGGGAACGCGACUACGACAUUCUUGCAUACAUUCAGCUUCGUCCCAAAAGCCUUCACAGUCCUGAGCGGUGGGUUGGAGACGACAGUGCAAGAUUAUCCUGGUCGCCGCAUUGGUCUUGGCAUCCCUCGUAGCGGUCCUAUGGACUCUCUUGCCUUCCGUAUCGCAAAUAUUCUCGUCGGCAACGAUCCUGGCACAGAAGGUCUUGAGGCUACACUCACAGGAUGCCGUCUUCUCUUCCAUGUCGCAGCUGUCGUUGCCGUGACUGGCGCCUCCGCGAAAGUGACGGUCGAUGGGAACGAGAUACGAACGUGGAAACGAGUCGCCGUCCCGGCAGGUGCGAAGCUUGCCAUCGGUCCCAUUCAAGGCACCGGCAUGCGUGCGUAUCUCGCGAUGAGAGGAGGAUUUCCUGAGAUACCGAAAUAUCUGGGCUCGAAGUCGACUUCAAUGGGUUUGGGAGGGUACCAAGGGCGCGGGCUUACAGCUGGAGAUCAGGUUGUCCUUGGCGACUGCGCUCCUGGCGCUGCAGAGGAGUCGGCGCUUGCGCUUCCAGAACAUCUCAUUCCCAUCUAUCCCUCCGACUGGACUAUACAUGUUCUCUCCGGCCCGCAAAGCGAUCCAACGUUCAUCACAGAGCAAGGCAUCGCGAAGUUCUUUACGACGAAGUGGACUGUUAGCGCUGCGAGCAAUCGGAUGGGCGUCCGCCUCGAAGGCCCCCGUAUCGCAUGGGCGCGCGAGAAUGGCGGCGAAGGCGGAUCGCACCCGAGCAACAUACUCGACAACGGAUAUGCUUUCGGGACAGUCAAUGUGAAUGGUGACACGCCUGUUAUCUUGACGAACGAAGGUCCGGACAUGGGAGGCUAUGUUUGUGUGUGUACGAUCGCAAGCGCAGAGCUAUGGAAGCUAGGACAACUACGGGCAGGUUCUACAGUGAGAUUCAAGCGUAUCUCUUACCAACAAGCGAUCGGUCUGUACCAAGCGGAAGAGCGAUUCUUCCGGGAGAUGCAAGAAGCAACGAGUUCUUCGAGAUCCUUCCCGCCCUUCCUUCCUACGUUGAACGCCACAGACCAUGAUAUCGACCCUCGCUUGCAUGAUACGCAUCCCGACCCUUCCAGCGGACGUCCCGGGGUUGUAUUUCGUCAAGCUGGGGAUUCGGCAAUUCUAGUUGAAUGUGGCGAGAUGACGCUCGACUUCGCGGUACGCGCUCGGAUCCACGCGUUCGAGACCGAGAUCAGAAGAUGUGCCAUACCCGGAAUAUGGUUCCUUGCACCGUGCAUUCGCUCAACGAUGGUUCACUUUGACCCACUCAUCUCCACGCAAGCAGCAGUGCUCGCGUCGCUCAUCAAUGCUGAACACUCACUUCCUGCCAGCGUCGAGUCGCUUACUUUUCCGGGCCGUCGGAUUACGUUUCCCACGGUACUCGACGACCGGUGGAACCGCGAAGCUCUGGAGAAGUACAUGCGGAGUACCCGCGCGACAGCUGCCUAUCUGCCCAGCAACAUAGAGUAUCUGGCUCGCAACAACGGUUUCGAGAACGCGGAAGAGGCCUUGAAGAAGCUGGUUGGCACUGACUGGCUUGUCCUCGGCGUAGGCUUUUACCUAGCCUGCCCUUUCCUAGUCCCGAUUGAUCCACGUUCCAGACUGGUAGGACAAAAGAUGAAUCCCUCGCGAACGUAUACGCCUCGGGGCGCAAUCGGCAUCGCCGGUCUCGUCGCUGCAAUAUACCCUAUCCAGUCUCCCGGCGGUUAUCAGCUAUUCGGCAGGACGCUACCUCCAUGGCAGACCUGGGGCAAGGGGCGCGACUUUAGCCCCGAUAGUCCUUGGCUAUUGCGGCCCUUCGAUCAAGUGGUCUUUGAAGCAGUCAGCGAGGAACAGUAUCUACAGGCCGAGAAUCGCUUUGAUGCUGGACAAUACGCAUUCAGGAUUGAGGACCGGACCUUCUCUAUGGCGGAAUAUACCGCCUUUGUGCGCGGCAUUAGUGACGAAGUCAGACAUUUCAAGGAAAGGCAGGCACGUGGAGUCGCUGCCGAAGAGGCACGCGAGAAAGUUCUAUUUGCGGAAUGGGACCAGCAGCGUCGUGAAGAGCUGGAAGCCCGUCGGUCAGCUGUGCCUGAGCCCAUCGACCCGGGAGGCGAUGGAGGCCCGUGCGUCACAUCGUCACUGACGGCACAAGUCUGGAAGAUCAAGUGCUCCAUCGGAGACGUUGUCAAGUCUGCUGGGGAUGUUCUCAUAAUUCUCGAAGCGAUGAAGACCGAGGUGAACGUCCAAGCAGAAGAAGAGAACGUUGGUCGGAAGGUGGUAGGGUUUGGACGUGGGGUCCGAGAGGGCGGCACCGUCCAGGCAGGUGAUCCGCUCGUCUACUUUGAGUGA